GCUUUUUGCUUUGCGUAACGUCGCAUGAAUCUGCGUAGUGGCAGAGUUGAGGAGCAGCGAGGGCUCCUCUCGCAGUAGGAAGAGGAAGAACAGUUUCGUAUUCACUCUCCUUCACUGCGGAGCAACGUGAUUGUAACUGAGAGGGAGAGAAGGGACUGAGCUAUUUCUGAUCUGCGAACCCACUGAGACAGGAAGGAGUUGCACAGAUUGCCUGGGCAUGUCGGGCUCAUCUGGGCAGCGAAAGGGUGCAGCGGCCAGGAUGCGAAAAUGUGCCUUUUGCAAAACCAACCGCGACAAGGAGUGCGGGCAGCUACUGGUGUCUGACAACCAGAAGGUGGCAGCCCAUCACAAGUGCAUGCUCUUCUCAUCUGCGCUGGUGACGUCACAUACGGACAGCGAGAACAUCGGAGGAUUCUCCGUUGAGGAUGUGAAGAAAGAGAUAAAGAGGGGCGGAAAACUGAUGUGUUCAUCCUGCCACCGGCCCGGCGCCACUAUUGGCUGUGAUGUAAAGAUGUGCCGGCGAACCUACCACUAUUUUUGCGCCCUGCGGGACAAGGCCCAGAUCAAAGAGAACCCCUCCCAGGGUAUCUACCUUGUAUAUUGUCGCAAACACCGGGAUGCUACACAAGACUCCAGUGAAGAUGAAAUGGGUGAGACCAAUGAGUCAGACGCCUCCCCUCCUCGUGGCAGGAGGCGGGGUCAAUCAGAAAAGGGAGGGGUGAAGUCAAACUCUCGUGGCCAAUCAGAGGACACCCGCUCCACUUCCUCUCACGGCACAGAUGACGUAGAAAGUGCUUCACAUGUAAGACCAGUGGAAAAACCUGCAGAACGGGACCGCUCCCCUCUUCGCGUCAGCCCCAGCGACUCGGGUCCCCGCUGUGGGUUCUGUCAUGCGGGGGACGAGGAGAAUGAAACCCGCGGCAAGUUGCACACAGACAACAGCAAGAAGGUGGCCGCGCACUACAAGUGCAUGCUCUUCUCCUCUGGGACAGUCCAGCUCACCACCACCUCACGGGCUGAAUUUGGGAACUUUGACAUCAAAACGGUCACCCAGGAGAUCAAGAGAGGGAAGCGAAUGAAAUGCACCCUGUGUACUCAGUUAGGAGCCACCAUUGGCUGUGAGAUCAAGGCCUGUGUGAAGACGUACCACUACCACUGCGGCCUGGAGGAUAAGGCGAAGUACAUUGAGAACAUGGCCCGUGGCAUCUACAAGCUGUACUGUAAGAACCACAGUGGGAAUGAGGAGCGGGAUGAGGAGGAUGAGGAGAGGGAGAGUCGCAGUCGACAGAGGGAGAGCCUCCAGCACGGGGCCGCCCACCCUCCGCUCCUCCCGCAAGUCAACGGCAACUAGGUACUGCGCAGGGACGCCACCGCUUUCUGGGGCUCGGCAAACGGACACGUGGAGCAAAGACAAGAAAUCAAAGUGCAUAUUUUUGUUUAAGAAAAAAAAAAAAAAGUUAAAGCUAGUGAGGCCGGAUAUGAAUUUCUCAAGUUUUCAGUCGCCUCAAAACUGAUGCUUGCUCUCCAACCAGUCGGUGUGGAAAUGCACACACAACUCAUCUGGCUUCAACCAAAUUGGUUUUGUAUGGAUUUGUAUGAGGAUUUGUUUGAUUUCUUGGGUAACGUGACCAGGGUGGGAAGGUUGUGUGGAGAGGGCUGGUGUAACUAAUGUUCCAUUCGGUCUUUCUCAUGGGAGAAUGACCUGCAGGAGACCAGGCUGGAUAAACUGAUUGUUACGUUCAGUACGUGCUCGUUCUGUGCCCUACUCUGUCUUUUAAAAUGAGAGUCUUCAGGGCCCAUUUUAUGAAGGCUGUCUAGUUUUUAUUUUCUUCCAAACUAUGAAAUCAGACGGUUCUAUCUUGCUCUUUCUCAAAAACGUACUCCUUUGUAAUCUUUGUUCUUUGGAAUCGUGCAUAUAUUUUAUUACCAUAUUGUUAUUGUGAAAAUCUGUUGCUUUUCUUUUUAUUCAGAGUCAGGAUUAAAAUUCCUCAAGUGGCAUGAACCUCUUUUAA